AUGUCCGAAUUUAACAAAACAGAUCCAUCUAAGUUUUUAAGUGAUAUAAUUGGAAGUUCAGUAGUUGUAAAACUUCAUAAUGGUGUUGAAUAUCUUGGUAAUUUGCAAAGUAUAGAUGGGUUUAUGAAUGUUGUAUUAGAUGAUGGAAAGGAAUCAAUUAAUGGACAAGUGACAAAAUCAUAUGGAGAUGUGUUUAUUAGAGGGAAUAAUGUGUUGUAUAUUAGCGAAGCUUAG